UCAUUGACAAGCUUCAGGAAAUGUUGCUGAGUGUUAAUGUUUGACAAGUAGGAAAAAAGACACUGGCUGCUACUGCUUCACUUCUGUAGUGUCGUGGAAGGGUUUAGAGGUUCACACAGCUGACUGAGAUAGACUUGAGUCAGACACAAUGGAGGUGCUGGUGCUCAUGGACUUCAAGGGCACAAUGGGUGAUGAGCUCACCAUACGGACGGGUGAUGUGGUGAAAAACGUCACCAAGGCCAGUGAGGAUGGCUGGCUGGGGGGUGAACUGAGGGGGAUGCGCGGCAUCUUUCCGGCCAGCUUUGUCAAGGAGGUGCCUUUUAAUUUGACGGGGAACAGCAAGAGGGAACCGCGAAGCAUCCGAACAACAAAGAGGAUGAAACACGUGAGGACAUGUGAGGUGGUGUUCCCAUACAACCCGAUGAAUAACGAUGAGCUGCAGCUGGUCAUCGGGGAGACGGUAGAAAUCCUCAGCGAGAUUGAAGAUGGGUGGUGGAUGGGGAUUAAGAAUGGCAGAGUGGGGGCGUUUCCAUCCAACUUUGUACAAGAAAUCUUUGUCAGCCCGAAAGAUGGCAAACACAAUGACAGCAAGGCCAGACCAAAACUCAGUGACGCCAUUUUCAGCAAAGAGGCAUCACAACGAGCAACGGUACGCAGCAAAGCAAAAAACGUGGUGGAGUGUUGCCAAGUCAUGUUUGACUACAAGGCCAAAGCGGAAGACGAGCUGGAACUGAAGACUGGAGACGUCGUCGUCAUACUGAGAAAGGAAACAGAAGAUGAUGGCUGGUGGGAGGGCGAGCUGAACGGACGCUGUGGAUUCUUCCCUGAUAACUUCGUCAUGGUGAUACCGCCAAUGGACAGUCUGAAGGAUGGCAAGAAGAGCCUACCACCUGCACGCAACAUCCCCAAGCCAGUCUCAGCAACAGAAGAGAGCCCAGCAAUGGACAAAGGUGUUCCAACGAAGGCAAAAGAUGACAAAAACGAGCUUAAGGACAUGCGAAGCCACCCUCCAACCAAAGUCAAGCUUCCAAGCAUCAACAAAAUCAGCCCACCGGCAGUCAAAGACAAACCUGCUAAGCUAUCACCAAAAGCCAAUGGUGAGCCGGCUCCAACGUCACCAAAAGGCCCUGAGCAGAAAGACACCAACCAUUUUGAUGGCGUUGACAUGGACAGCGACAAGCUGAACCAUCCGACGGUGAACCGGGCCAAACCCCCCCAGAGGAGACCCCCAUCGGGCGGGGUGAUCGGGACACAAACCCUGACUGACUCUGAGCCAGAGACAAAAAAAGUCCAGAAUGAUAAACUGCCCGGCUUGCAAAAGGGUGCAGAGCAUCUCAAGCCAUUACCAGCAAAGCUGGACCACCGGCCCAAGACGCCGCCUCCAGUUCGACCAUCGCCGCCCCGGGUGGUGGUGGACGGUCGAAAGGUGGCCCACAAAGACGAGCUGACGCUGGAAAACUUACAGGCUGAAAUCAAGGAUCUGCGGAUGGCGUUGGAGCUUCUACAGACACGACAUGAACGCGACAUGCAGGAAGUGAAAGAAGAACUGGAGAAGGAGAGAACCAAACGACUGGCAUUGCAGGAAGAAGUGCAUACGUUGACUUUGAAACAUUAAAUAAGGACUGCAUCAUUGAAAUCAGCUGUAAUUAAUUCUGCUGGCACACAAAGGGCUACAUUAAAACACACUCCAACUUUUUAAAAAUAUGUUCUGAAUGCUGGAAAAGGUUGGAUUAUUAGUAUCUUGCUGUAUAUAUCACUUUGUAUUCUUCAGUUUGUUAGUUUUUUUAAAUAUAUAUAUAUUUAUCUCCAUUGUUUUUAACAUUUAGUCCAUGUGUAUCGCAGCAGAAUAUUACGUAUUACAUAUAAACAAGAGUAAAGAAUGUCAUGGCUUUUGAACAAGGUGUUUAUUAUAUAUGGCUAAUACUGUUUAUUUUUUUCUACGCAAGAAUGUUGUACUACCAAAAUCCACUUGGGGGUGCCAUAUAGCUAUUAAAGAUCAUCUUUAGUUUUUCUGUGA